AUGCUCGUGUUUGCUGUUGCAGCGUUCCAGGGACGGGCAGUGCGACAGUCCGGAUGUCUCCUCAUACUGCUACUAUGGCUAUUGGCCUGUGUAAUGGGAGGGGAGUUUGUGGAGCCAUCUUCUCCCUCAGCUGAGCUUCGUUCCCUGGCUGAAUCUGAGACACAUCUGCCCUGCAAGUUCCAGACGGAUUCGGAUGAGCAGGUGGUUCAGGUGAUCUGGAGUCGAGAGAAACCUGACGGUACCAAAGAACAGAUCAUAACAGCCCACCACACAGAGGGACAAACAGAGUUCCCUGGUUUUACAGGGCGUGUGAGGUUCGAACACUCCAGCCCCAUCCUGAACUCUGCGUUGGUUAUCCUGCACACAGAGGUUUCUGAUGAGAGUACCUACAUCUGUCAGAUCACCACCUUUCCCUCGGGUAUCUCCGAGACUCGCCUGUCUCUCACCGUAUGGACCAAGCCCAUAGCCACACUUGACCCGGUGGUUCUGGUUGAGGGUCAGGUGUUCCGACCAGCCGCGACCUGUCGCUCCAUGGCCAGACCUCCAGCUAGACUCUCCUGGGACUCUGACGUGCCCGGAGUCCCCCAGAACCGGAGCAUGGACGGUGGGAUUACCUUCAGCCAGUUCUCCCUGCACCCUGUCCGCGGCAUGAACGGCCGGAAACUGGACUGUCUGGUCUGGCACCCCUCUCAGAAAAGCCCAGCCCGGCUGACCAAUCAACUGGUCGUCCACUUUCCCCCAGACGCGACAAUCUCAGGUUUUGACAGAAACUGGUACGUUGGGCUGGAAGGCGCAGAGCUCAAAUGUGACGGUGGAGGAAACCCAAAACCACACAAUUUCACUUGGACCAGAAAAGGUAACGGCUUGCCAGAGGGUGUGUCCAUAAGAAAUAACUUGCUGCGAUUUAAUAGGCCCCUCAGCUUGACGGACAUGGGAGUGUACCGGUGUGUGACAGUCAAUCCAGUUGGGUCUGGAUCAGCUGAAAUAAACAUAACUAUAGCAGAGUCACCUGAGAGACAGACGAGCUUUGACAGCCUUCUGAUCAUCAUCAUUGGCGCGGCCGCCGGAGCGGUGGUGCUCAUCCUGGUGAUCAUCGUCAUAGCAAUGAACCGUUACCACAAGCGCAAAAACAAACAGCUGGCGAUAGAGCUGAAUGUGAAAAACGAAGAAAUCAGCACUCUCUCUAGGCAGGCAUCCAUUAGGAGGGUCAACACGUCGAGUACAGAACACAGAUAUCAGGACGACCUUAAAGUGGAAGGAACGUUACGAACCAGUCUCUCCUCCCUGGCUCGUCCUCGUUCCCGGGACAGUCGCUCCACUGUGGGUGCAGGCAGCGUUGACUUCCUGGGUCGCCCGUCCAUCUACAACACAUCUCGCAGAGGACGAGAGCGAAUGAUUGACAGAGACGGAGAAACCAGCAGAAUGAUGAUGGAAUCUUAUAAUGAUGGUGACUUUAUCCCUCCGCUCCACCCAUCUCCGUCCCCCUUUGAGCAGACCGCUGAGAUUAGAGCUCUGAACGGCAACGGUGUUCUGCUGUCCGACGGGAGACCGCGCUCUGGAGGUACCAGUAGGGGGCAGCAGUCACCCAUCAACAACUACCCACCGCUCACAGACGAGGAGGAAGAGGAGAACAGGAUGGAGCCCGCCCAGGACGAGAGGGAGAGGGAGGAGCUAGGGAUGCCCAGGGGUUUUGAGGAACCUGACGGAGGAGAACAUUUGGACAGCGAGGCGGCCUUGUCUCAGUAUGAGUGUAUGGUGGGGUUCGGGCAGAGGAACGGAACACUGCCCUCCAACCUCCGCAACUCCACCUUUCACUCCCCUCCUCCACUCACCAUUAUCCCCAAGGCUCAGAUCGUCUAG